CGUGCCACCGUCGCCUCCUUCUUCCCGAUAUAUUUCCUAGCAUCCGGCUGGAUAAGUCCAAUUGCACCUUUCGCUUUCAACAAGUCUUUUUCUUCUAUUCCGCCAUACCUACCCUCCUUCCUCUUUCUGCCUUGAUCUUUUUUCUCCAUUAAAUACCCCAAAAUAUACAGCUAGCACUUGACGCCGACGCCGAACACCGUAAGAGAAGAAAAGAUGACGGUUAAGGAAGGAAAAGAAGUAAUCAUCUCCACCUCCUUGGCUGCAACAGAGCACUACAGAGAUAGACAAAAUACUAUUCAUUGUCUCUAAACUUAUUAUCCUGUACAUAGGCUGAGAAGAUCUAAAAGGGCAUUAUAAUGGGACUCUCGAAUGGGCCAAGGCUCUCUGGAAUGCAGAAGCAAGUGCUUGCUCUGUAUAGAGGAUUCCUGCGAGCAGCACACUCCAAAUCUCCAGAAGAGAGACACAAGAUUGAGUCAUUUGUGUCAUCUGAAUUCCGUCGCAAUGCCAAGCAAAUCGAUCGCAAGAAUUUCCAGUACAUUGAAUACUUGCUUCGCCUGGGUAAGAAACAACUCGAGCAGCUGAAGAACCCUGAUACUAUUGGAUUGUCAUCAUUGACUGUAAAUUCCUCUCAAACCAGAAGACCCUGAGCCCACGAGUAGUUCCAAUUUUUGAUUCCUCUAAUGGGAUCGAUUUAUUUUUUUCAGGGUAGAGAAGAGUAUAAAAUGUCUUGGCUCAUUCGUUGCAAGAUUUUAUAGCUUAUUCUCAUUUGUCCAGUUAAGGUAAAUCCAUUCAUUGUCUGCAAAUUGGCAAUAAAAGAGUACAAUCAGUGUUUUUGGAAUCGCAACGCAAUACGAUGAAGUGCUUGUGUACUUCCAAUACAAGUUAGCUAGCUUGAUGAAA